AUGUCUCCAGGUCGCUUAACAGAAGAAGACGAGUACGAUUUCGUCGUAUGUGGUGCCGGCACAACUGGCUGUGUUGUAGCAGGCCGCCUGGCCGAGGACAGCAAUGCCAGGAUACUUCUGGUUGAGGCCGGACCUCACAACAAAGAUCUUGAGAACGUCCAUAUGGCAGGCGGAUGGUCCAAGAACUUCGACUCAGAAACCGAUUGGAAUCUAAUUACUCCCCCCAUGAAUGGUGUCGACGGACGCCAGGUGAAACUCAGCCGAGGAAAAUUCCUCGGUGGCUCAUCAGGAGUCAAUGGGACGUUGUGUAUUCGUGGAUGUAAACAAGAUUAUGAUGACUGGAAUCUCCCAGGAUGGUCCGGCGAAGAAAUGUUCCAAUACAUGAGAAAGGCCGAAACAUUCCACAACAAGCCAUGGUUCGAGGCCGAUGAGAGUGCUCAUGGCUUUGAUGGUCCUCUUCACACCGAGCCACAUGACCUUGCACCAAUCUCCAAAUUGCUGCUGGAAUCGAUGCAGUCUCAAGGCAUGCCGUUGGUACCUGACAUGUUUAGUAACGGCGAGACUGCUCAGGGUUGUGGCCACGCUCCCAGAACAGUGCACAAGGGCAUUAGGACGACCGGUGCCGACUUUGUAACAAAUGACCGGCGCAGGGACAACAUCGAUAUCGUGGUCGACACGGUUGUUGAUAAGGUCAACUUCGAAGAGAAGAAUGGCCAGCUCGAAGCCACGAGUGUGACCCUUGUCGACAAGACCGGAGCGAAGAGAGACGUAAAGGCGAGAAAAGAGAUUAUCAUUUCCGGAGGCGCAUACUGCUCGCCAGCAAUUCUUCUUCGAUCCGGCAUCGGUCCAGCGGAGGAAUUAAAACAAUUAGGCGUCAAAUGUCUGGUGGAUUCUCCAGGAGUAGGAAAGAACUUGCUGGAUCACCUUAUAGUCUUCACCUUCUAUGAGACUGAGAAAGAGGGCUUGACAAAUGACCAUCUCGUAUACCACGGAGACGCUGCAAUGGCCUCGUACAUGCUGUACAAGGAAAAAAAGGAGGGGUUGUAUGGCGGUCCAAAGCAAUAUGACCAGUUGCCGAUCGACAAGAAACAUGCAUUUGCAAUGAUAACAGAGCUCUUUUCACCUCGAUCCAAGGGCACCGUCACCCUUAAAUCAACCGACCCAUUCGAAAAUCCCGUUGUAGAUUGCAACUAUCUCUCCGACCCACUCGAUCUACUGGUGCUCAGCGAAGGCUGCCGCCUGGGGAAUGAGAUCGUCAUGAAAGGAGCUGGCACAAAAGAUAUCGUCAAAGGAUCGUGGCCAUCUGACUUGACACAUCAUUCUUUCACCACCCGAGAAGACUGGGUUCCCCACGUCAAACAGCACGCCACGACGUGCUACCAUGCUGCUGGUACCUGUAAGAUGGGACAAGCAGACGACAAGGCCGCCGUCCUUGAUGAAAAGCUACAAGUCCGUGGUGUCAAAGGAUUGAGAGUUGCCGACUGCAGCGUGAUGCCAAUAUUGCAUGGCGGUCAUACACAAAUGCCAGCGUACGGCAUCGGUGAGAAGGCUGCGGAUCUGCUCAAGGAGAGCUGGCUCAAGGCUUAG